AUAAUGUUGAUGUGGUUGUUGACAAUAACACUGAUAUCGCCACUGAUGUUGUUGCCCGGGGCGGCGCAGACAUUUCACGAGGAGCCCCGCUACAUCCUGUUCAUCCACAUGGUGAUCAACGACAGCGCUCAGCUGAGUUUCAGCAUCACCCUGUUCCUGCUCAGCUACAUCGUGUACCGCAUCCGCGUGUCCCUGUGCUGCGUGUUCAUCCUGCUCACAGUGUUCAGCACCAGGAACACGCCGCUCAAUCUGGCCGCCAUGGCGUUGGAGCGCUACGUGGCCAUCUGCAGGCCUCUGAGGCACCAUCAGAUGUGCACGGUCCGGAGGACCUACCUGACCGUGCUGCUCAUCUGGUUCAUCAGCGUGGCCCCUGACAUCACCGACCUCUUUGUGACCCUGGCUAACGAGCCCCCGGGCUACUUCCUGGGCUAUGUCUUCUGCCUGCGCGCCAACGUCUUUCCGAGUCCCGCCAUGAUGUACAAGCGCAUCGCUUUUGAUUGCUUCUAUUUCCUGUGCGUCUUGCUCACGCUGCUGUUCACCUACAUCAAGAUUCUGAUGGCGGCGCGCUGCGCCUCAGCCCAGAAGUGUCUGGCCGAGAGGGCCCGCAACACGGUCCUGCUGCACGGCAUCCAGCUGGCCAUGUGCCUGCUGUCCUACGUGUCGCCCGGCGUGGAGCUGCUGCUGAUCCUGGUGUUCCCAGGCCACAUUCGGGAGAUCCGCUACGUGGGCUACCUGCUGGUCAACAUCCUGCCUCGCUUCCUCAGCCCUGUGGUCUACGGCCUCCGCGACGACAAGUUCCGCAGGCACCUUGAUGAGACUCAGAGAUCCUGCUUCGCGUCACGCAAGCCCAGGAGACGGCGCCCAGGGGAAAACUUCCGCUAACUCUUUGGAUUGAUUUGAUUCGUAUGGCUUGGUUUUCUCCACAUUGUUUUAUUUUAUUUUUAUUUAUUUAUUUUUUUUUACAUGAAUAAAAACAUUUCAUUAUUUUUCUUU